AAUCUUGUCUACCCUCUUCCAGCCACCAAGACAUUGAACCGUGGUAUCUCCGAGUUCAUUGUGAUGGCUGCUGAUGCUGAGCCACUGGAGAUCAUCCUCCACCUGCCACUGCUCUGCGAGGACAAGAAUGUCCCCUAUGUGUUUGUGCGAUCCAAGCAGGCCCUGGGGCGCGCCUGUGGGGUCUCCCGCCCGGUCAUCGCCACCUCGGUCACCAUCAAGGAGGGUUCUCAGCUGAAGCCCCAGAUCCAGUCUACCCAGAUGGCCAUUGAGAGACUGCUGGUCUGAUCUGGUUACUUAUCUGCUCUGUUUGUAUUGGAUAGUCUGAGAGACUAUAUCAGGGAGAUGGAUUAUGUUUUGUCUUUGGAAGAGACAUUUUGUGUACAUGUAUCUAUUUUACUUUUGUCAGGGACAUGCAAAUAAAAUUAUUAAUGUCCA